AUGGCUGGGGCUAACGAAUUGGCGAAAAGAAUACGAAGCAACGAUGCUUACGAUAAUGAAAAACCUGUGAAUAAUAACAAUAAAAGAGCAUAUCAGGCCUCCCGUUAUAAUGGCAGUCAUAGUAUCAAUAACGGCGGUGCAAACCACAAUAAAAGAACGAGGUCUCGAUACGAGGGCUCAACCCCAAGUUCACGAUAUAACAGCAAUACUAAUACUAAUAUCAAUACUAAUAAGAGUAGCAGUAAUAAUAAUAAUAUCAAGGCAAACAAUCCCAUGAUUUCCCAGCAAAGGUUUGAUAGACUGUUACCAAAGGGACCAAAAGCUUCACGUUAUGAAAAAAAGAGUCUACCAUCUGCACCUAGACCUAAGAUACCGAAGAAGGAUGCUAUUAUUCCAUCUUUUCUUCAACAGAAGAGAAAAAGUUCAGUUUACGAUCGAAUUUUACAAGUUGGUGAAGGAACCUACGGGAAAGUUUAUAAAGCCAAAAAUAAUAAUUCAAAUGAAUUAGUUGCCCUAAAAAAAUUGAGAUUAAAUAACGAGAGAGAGGGCUUCCCAAUUACUUCAAUCAGAGAGAUAAAAUUACUUCAAUCAUUUAACCACGAUAAUGUUUCUACGAUUAGAGAAAUUAUGGUAGAAAAUUCAAAAGUUGUUUACAUGAUUUUUGAAUAUGCUGAUAAUGAUUUGAGUGGGUUACUUUUGAAUAAGUCAAUUGAAAUAUCAGAUUCUCAAAAAAAGCACAUUUUUAGACAAUUAUUGAGUGGGUUAAAUUAUCUGCAUAAAAACAAUGUAAUUCACAGAGAUAUUAAAGGUUCAAAUAUUUUGGUCAAUAAUAAGGGUAAUUUGAAGAUAACGGAUUUUGGAUUAGCAAGGAAGAUUCCAUCAAUUUCGAAAAAUGACCAGAAUGAUUACACAAAUAGAGUUAUUACAUUAUGGUAUAGACCUCCAGAACUUUUGCUUGGGACCACUAACUAUAGCUAUGAAGUUGAUAUGUGGGGAUGUGGAUGUCUAUUGAUGGAAUUGUAUAAUUCAACAGCAAUCUUUCAAGGUUCCAGUGAAAUUGAACAAAUCGUAUCUAUUUUCAAAAUACUGGGCAUGCCUACUUUAGAGAAUCUCCCGAAUUUAUUCAAGAUGCCGUGGUUUUUCAUGGUGAUGCCUUUGAUCAAAGAGCAAUACACCAAUAGCUUCCGUGCUAAGUUCAGGGACUUACUUCCCAGUGAAGAAUGUUUCGAUUUAGCAAGAGGGCUACUUUUAUACGACCAAUCUAAAAGAUUAACAGCUGAAGAAGCUUUAAAAAGCGCAUAUUUUACUGAAGAUCCGAAACCAGAACCAUUGAUAUUGGAAAACAACGACGAAUCAUCAGGUGGAUGUCAUGAGUUCGAAGUUAAAUUAGCCAGAAAACAGCAAAAAGAAAGGGAAAGACAGAGGGAAAAGGGAAGAAUGAGCAGUAAGAGUACUUCAUAG